UACCUCGUGCAACACUAUACAACUUGUCCGAUUCAAUUUCAUAUCAACGUAGAAUUGAUGUACUCAUUGAUUGGUUCACAGACAAGGAAUACAAUGCGAUAAAUUUUGGGAUGUUAUAUUUUGAUGAGCCUGACUUAUCAGGGCCAUAAAUAUGGACCACUGUCAAAAGAAGUUCGGGAGGAAAUAAAACGUCUAGAUCAAGCGCUCGGAUAUCUGAGAGAAAAGUUGAACAAGACAGGCCUUUCUGAGAGAAUGAAUAUAAUCAUCACUGCAGAUCAUGGAAUGAACCAAUUUGAGAACAAAUUUGUGAAUUUGGAUGAGAUACUUGAUCGUAGUUGGUACACAACCCCUUCACAUUCCAAGCACCAUCUUGUACCGAUGAUAAUCCCUAAUAAGGGUCAUGAAAUGCAUGUUUCUGCUGCCUUAUUUGGAGAAAGUGGCACAGGGAACGAUCAUGAAGGAUUCUAUGCCUGGUGGAGAAAUGGCACAGAGAUGAAGAAUCGUUACUUCAGCAAAAGCCGACGUAUCAUGGAAAUUAUUUUGGAAGCAAAGAAAGGAUGGAUCAUUGUAAAUAACUCUACGCAGGGCCCAUAUGUCAAGGGAAAUCACGGCUACAAUCCCCAAACUGUGUCUGACAUGUUGCCAUUUUUCAUUGCUGCUGGCCCAGCGUUUCAGAAAGGAAUUUCUGUUCCUGCCUUUGACAUGGUGGACAUAUAUCCUUUGAUGUGUCAUAUUCUUGCACUGGUACCAGCACAAAACAGAGGCAAUCUGGACCAUGUCAAAGAUCUCCUGAAAAAUCCUCCAGUCUGGUACAGAACACUUGAAACCACUGCUGUCACAUUCAUCGUAGUGGUGAUUCUAGCUGCAUUAGUUGGUGGAAUAUUUGGAAUCGCUGCCGUACGCCAGAGCCGUAUUUCGAGGAGAAAAAUGUUGUUUCAGAACAGAAGAAGACUAGAUUUGUCACCGAUCCGAUCACUACCAGAAACUGACUCGAUGUUGCGAUCCGAUGAAGAUGAAGAUGAUUUCAUGGAUUAUACUCAUUCCAGGCUGCAUUAGGACUGAUUAAUGGUAAAAUUUUGAAUGAUUUUGUCACCAAUGCUGAGAAAUUAGUUUGGGCACAUGCAUAUCAAGCAUUGUAUGAUUAGCACAUCAGGGGUGAUACAACUUUUUCAAAUAAUCUCCAUAUUUUUUUAAUUGCUUCAACUCAAUGUCUUCUGGGAUGUUGUGUCUCCACGUCUUAUUUUUUCCCCCCAAAUUUUGUUCAUUAAUGCUUUGCUCAGUAAAUUGGUAUGUUUCUUGAUAUUUUAUAUCAUGAUUUAAAUGGGCUAUGUUGUCCGGCAUUUUAAUUGUUAUGCACACAUAGUAUUCUGUGUGUAUUUACAUCAAUCCAUU